AUGAGUAUACCGGCCACCUCGAAACGGCUGGUGCUUUCAUUGUAUCGUGAUUUGCUGCGCUACGGUGCCCAGCUGCAAUAUACCGAUCAGGAAUACUUUCUGAGCCGAAUAAGGCGCGAAUUUCGCCAGUCGGCGUCACUGACCGACCCGAAAGAGAUAGAAUUUUGUUACAGGCGAGGUCGUGCGCUCCUGGAUCGUGGACGCGUUCUGUAA